AUGACGAAGCCAUUCACAGCAGUCAGGUCCGCCGCCAUAGACGGCCGAGUCCUGAAUCCCUUCUACAGGAAGACCCAGCUCAAGCAAUUACACAGCACGCUUGCGGAUAACGCAGCCCGGAUCCAAGAGGCAAUCAAGAACGACACCAACCACAGACCAGCAGAGAUCAAGGGCGAGUACUGGCUCGCUCUGAAGUGCAUCGCGGAUGCAUUUGCGUCAAUCGACCCACAGAAGUGCCUAGAAGAUGAGUAUGCCAUCUCAAAAGGACGCGAUGAUCCAGACAGCCGGAGUCCAGUUGGCAUUGUAGUCAUUGAACCUUCUUCGCAUGCCUUUUUGUACAGCCUCAUCGCGGCCCUGGUGCCAGCUCUUGCAGCAGGUAAUUGCGUGAUAGUUAAGGCUCAAAACUCUUUGCUGGAAACACCAUCUCUUGUACUGGGUCUGAUACAGGAGUCUCUGGACAAAGAUAUCUUGGAGGUCACGAGCCAGCAAGUGAAUUCAGAAGACAUCAACCACCCACACAUUCGAGUCCUCCAGAAUGGCUCAACACGUUCGACAUCAAAUCAAGACCUGGUGUCAAACUCGAAAGCACCAGUUCUUGCAUUCGUGGAGCGAGAUGCCGACGUGCAAGCAGCAGCAAAGGCCCUAGUUUCGUCUCGCUUCGGCCUCGGUGGAAAGUCUCCGUAUGCUCCAGAUGUUGUGUACGUGAAUGAAUGGGUAAAGAAGGAUCUCUUGCGUUCUCUUGUCCAACAAAGUACCGACUUCAUGGCCAACCCAGCUUCGUCUCGGAGAUCCGCCAAAGCGGCAAAAUCCGAGCUUGCCAAACAAGCCGAAAAAGACGGCUCUGUCAAUAUUAUAGCAUCAGGGUCUGGCGGACUCAUCCUGGACGUUGAAGAUAGAAAAUCUACUCUACUUGGGCAAAAGGUGGCAGAAAACUGUCUUGUUAUUCACUCCGUCACCAGCAUGGACGACGCAAUCGAUGCAUCUAGGAGUUCUGGUCCACUUGCAGCAGCAUAUAUAUUUACUACCCCGAACAUGGCCAAGUAUAUGUGCCAAUUUGUCGACGCGACUGCCAGCUUUGUGAACCAGAUCCCAGCUGAGCUGAUGUACUCACCGAUUGCUCCAGAGGGCCAUCCCCCGCAACCAAACAGCUACAGAAUCUACCAACAGGACCUCUUCUCUAAUCCAACCCCCAAGUACAUCACAAACUCUUCCACCAGCGAGAAGCUUGCCAAGUUCAUGAGCGGAUCGUCACCUCAUGAGCUAGUUGCCCUAGAUCGGGAAGCAACGACAAAACUUCCAGAGAUUGUGAGGUUGAAGAGAGCAGGAGGCAUUGGCUUCUUCAACCAGGGGAUUGUUACAGGCUUGGUGCUGGCUUUGACCACGCUCCUUUCGGGGACUGGGUUGCUUGGGUACUAUGCUGUAAAGUACUGGCGGGCUCGAGCUCUAUAG